AUGGAUAACUCUCCAGGAGAGUGGGCUGUUGUUUAUACCUGGAUAAGUGAAAUCAAAUUGUGUUCCCUAAAAUCUGGCACUAAGAAUGAAAAUAAAUAUUCAAAGCAGUAUGAAUUUAUUCCUUAAAACGCUCUCUAAUGCAGCUAAAGCAUAGAAAAUCUUUAAAAAUUUAUUUAAAAUCCAAUUGUGAUUGGCUCUUAAGCUUUCAUAAUAGCUUAUUAGUGCAGAGCAAAUACUUCUGAAAUUCUACUUUCCACUGAAUAUCCAGAUGUUAGUUUUUUAGAUAGAAGCAAAAUGGAUACUAUCAGGCCAUACGGAAUUAUUAUAAAAUAAAUAUAUUGA